GACUGGAGGUGUAGCCUAUAGGUGAUCGAGUAGAGUAGAGGAGAAGCAUCACAGAGAGGAAAGAAGUAAAGGCCUUUAGGUUUGCGAGUCUUGGAGGGAGUGAUGUGAGGAAGCAGGACGGUAUUAACUUGGUGAUGACUAGGUGGUGACUGUCAAGAACUGAUUAGGUAGUGAGACAGUAACACCACAACCAACAUGGAUGAGGAUGAGGACGACGUGGUUUGCAUUGGCACGCCACUGGAGGAGCUGUCUGAAGAUGAUGUGCAGGUACGCAAGGCUCUGAGGCUGGAGGAUCAGAUUGUUACUGACAAGCAGGGGCGAAGAAGGUUCCAUGGAGCAUUCACUGGGGGAUUCUCGGCUGGCUACUUCAACUCUGUGGGGACUAAGGAAGGAUGGACUCCAUCUGCCUUCGUGUCGUCCAAGGGGCAACGCAGCGAGGCCAAGCAGUCCCGGCCUCAGGAUUUUAUGGAUGAUGAGGACCUGGAGGCAUUUGGCAUUGCACCACAAGGGAUCCGAGCAUCGGCUGACUUUGACGGCCGCCAGCAGGGGAAAAGAAAGAGAGUGAAUGACCCAUCUGGACCCAUUCCUGGCACACCUGUCCUGGAGGAGCUGCUCAGACCCACCAGGGAAACGAUGGGCAUGAAGCUGCUGCGUCGCCUGGGAUGGCGGCCUGGGCAGGGUGUUGGACCAAGAGUGAGUCGCCGGCAGAAGGUGUCAGCCCAGAGGGAGAAGCGCCGCCUGUUAGCCAGUCAGAGAGCAGGACAGAGAGCUGGGUCAAGCGAGGGCAGCAGCGAGGACAGUGAGGAUGAGGCACUGCAGGAUGUCACCUACGCUCCCACUGACGUGCCGGAGCUGAGCGCAGUGCAGCCCAAGGUGGACCAGUUCGGGCUGGGCUACGUCCCCCUGUCCCGCACCCCUGUUUUGGGCGGCCACGUCAACCUGUUCGACCCGGCACCUUUGUCCCUCACUGAGAAGAAGAAGAAGUUGCUCAUCAAGGGACAGGCUUUUGGUGUGGGUGCAUUUGAGGAGGAUGACGAGGACAUUUACGCCACUGAGGACAUGAGCAACUACGAUUUUGGGGAGGAGAAGGACAGCAAGGGCAGAGGGCAAGGCACAGCCAGCCACAACACCGCAGUGCUGGGCCUAGUGAAGGCUAUUGAAGGGUUCAAGCUGAGCAGCCAGCCUCUGCAGCAGCACAAGGUGUACCCAUCCCCCGCCAUCCCUCCAGGCUUCACUCCCCACCACAAGCCACGCAGGCGCAGGUUUGAACGCAAGGAGAGUGAGCUGCGAGGUCUGGGCCGCCACAGCAUGACAGCAGAACACCGCGCGCACAUCAUUGCUGACAAACCCAAGGCCACUGUUGAGAUUAGGUCAGGAGUUAAGGGACAGCAGCAGCAGCCAGCAGUGGGUCCCAAGGAAUCCAGCAAGCCUAUUGAUACUUCAGAGGUAGACAAAAUCUAUGAGGAAUUCAAGAACUCAGACAAGAAACUUGGUUCAGAUUUCAAGCCUUUUGCAAGUGUACCAGAGAAACAGAAACGUUAUGAGCUGUUCCUAAGGAUGAAGGAGAAAGGACAGAAAGACCGCUUCUACCUGGCCCAGCCCAAGAGCAUGACGGAGUGGGAGAGGGAGCGGGAGCUGCAGGAGUUCAGCCGUGCUGCCAAGCUCUUCCAGCCUCUUGUGUCCUCCAUGGCAACUCGGUUUGUGACAGCUGCUACUACAGAGGCAGACCCCACACUCAAGGACGGCCUCAAUGUCAACGUUCCAAAGGCUGAGACCAAGGCCGGGGAGAAAGGAUUGCUGGACCCAGUGGAACCGGGGGAUGAGAGGACAGCUGCUGCCCGAGCUGGGAUGUACGGCAAGUUGACUCAGAGUGUGCAGGAGUGGCACCCUGACUCCCUUUUGUGCCGACGUUUCAAUGUGCCAAACCCUUACCCAGACUCUCACUUUGUUGGAGUGCACAAGACCAGGAAAGAGAAGCUGUCCAUGUUUGGCGGCUUCCAUUCCACCACUGAGGAGACGGCCGGUCUCAGGACUUCCAGCAGGAGGGAGGAGGAGAGCAAGCAGGGCCAGGAGGAGCAGGAGCAAAAUGAGGAGGUGGAGGAGGGAGGUGAACAAUUUGAUGACAAACCUGAAGAUUAUGGACUGAAGGUUCCUGUGGAUGGACCGCCAACCAUGGACCUCUUCAAGGCAAUCUUCCAGGACUCUGACUCCGACUCUGAUUCCGACUCAGAGAAGGAGAGCACUUCUCCAAAAAGAGCUAAGGAGGACCACCACUCGCAUACGGGUGGUUCUUCCCAUCCCAUCGCUUCCUCAGAGCCCCAACCCAUGAGACAUGAGGGAGAGAGACCCAUGGAGGAGAAUGCUGGGAAUGAGCAAACCUCAACCACCACCACCAGCACCACUACUAGCACCACCACCACUAGCAGACGUGCAGGCCGUGUCAGCCGCUUUGAGCCACUAAGAGAGGACACAGCCAGCCAAUACAAGGAGCCUGAGGAACCAGCCAAGCCUACCAACCAGCCUGACGACAUUGCCAAACUCACGUUCAUUCCCAGGAAGAAAGAUCCGCUCUCCUCAAAGCCUGUGUCUGUGGCUGAGGGAAUCUUUGCCAAUGUUGACUUUGUGGCAUUGAACAGCUACAGGAACCAGAGGCCAGCAGAGGUGAAUGAAGACAAAGACAAGGAGGCCAAGCAGACUACAAGAGCAUGGCCAGAGGCAGUCAUUAAGGCAGCUCAGGAUAAGGCAAAAAUUGAUGACUCUUCCUCAUCCUCCACUGACUCUGAGGACAUGUAUGGCCCACCUGCACCCAGCCACCUCAAGAACAGGGCCCAGGAAAUUCAGUCCACCCCACCAGUUACUCGCUUCACCCCAGCAGCAGACGAAGCAGCUCGGAAGCCUCAGGGCCCCAGCUGGGUGGUGAAGGAAGGAGAGAAGAGUAAGAGUAGUACAAAGAAACACAAACACAAAUCUAAAUCUAAGAGCAAGAAGGAGAAGAAGAAAAAGAAGGAUAAGAAGAGUAAAAGACACAAGGAGAAAAAGAAAAAGGCCCAUAGAAGUUCAAGCAGAAAAAGGAAGAGCAGUAGCAGCAGCACCAGCAGCAGCAGAUCAGACUCUUCAUCCUCUGACUCUGAUUAAAUUAAAUUUGUUGGGGUCCUUUUUGAGUACCUGCUUUGUGAAGACACGGUGGCCUGGUGGUUGAAGGGGGUCUGCACACUUGUCUCAGCCCAGAGGAUGUGGGUUUGAAUCCUGGACUGGACAAAGACAGUAUAGAACUUACCUGUG